GGCACUUCCGGUGGCGGCAGCUGGAGCAGGUCGGCGUUCAUGGCCAGGUCCUUGAAGCUGGUGUGGGCUUCCUUUCGGCGUCAACGGUUCCACGCCAGUGGAAGUUGCUUCAAGGGCCGGACCGGCGCUGAGCACCUGUGGCUGAUGCGGCAUCUGAGGGACCCGUUUGUGAAGGCUGCGAAGGUGGAGAGUUACAGGUGUCGAAGUGCCUUCAAGCUCCUGGAGGUGAACGAGAGGCACCGGAUUCUGCGGCCCGGCCUCCGGGUGUUGGACUGUGGCGCCGCUCCUGGCGCGUGGAGCCAGGUGGCUGUGCGGAGCGUCAACGCUGCAGGCACAGAUCCCAGUGCUCCUGUUGGCUUUGUGCUUGGGGUAGAUCUCCUUCACAUAUUCCCCCUGGAAGGAGCAACUUUUCUGUGCCCUGCUGAUGUGACUGACCCAAGAACCUUCCAGAGAAUCCGAGAACUGCUUCCUGCUGGGAGAGCAGAUGUGAUUCUGAGUGACAUGGCACCCAACGCUACAGGGAUCCGGGGCCUCGACCACGACAGGCUCAUCAGCUUGUGCUUGUCCCUUCUGGACAUGGCUCCAGAAGUCCUGCACCCUGGGGGAACAUUCCUGUGUAAAACCUGGGCUGGAAGUCAAAGCCAUCGGUUACAGAAGAGACUGACAGAGGAAUUCCAGAAAACAAGGACUGUAAAACCUGAAGCCAGCAGGAAAGAAUCAUCAGAGGUGUACCUCUUGGCCACACAGUACCAAAGAGGGAAGGGGGAAGGUCUGUGAAGGAAUGAGAGUUUCUUCUGCUGUUUCUGGUUCUUUUUCACUGCAAAUGUAGCUUGAGCCCUUUCCUGAAGUGUGGCUGGGGAGAUCCGAGCUUGAUCUGGGAUGCAGCAGGCAGGACAAAUGGGGGACCUUUUUUUAAGCCCAAAAGAUAUGACAAAACUAUAUUCAGUGUCCAAGACAUAUGAUAAAAAAAGUCUCUAUAACAUGAUUCGUGAAGAGGAAGAGAUAGGCAAAGAUUAAAGGAUGAAAAGGCAGACUGAGGGAAGGAUAAAAACACUGGGAGGCAGAGAAACACACGGACACCUUUAUGUAACUUUCUCUUCAUACCCACGUUAGUAUGUUACAGAGAAACAGGCUUCCACCCUUGCUUGGAAACAACCCACAGGUUUCCAGGUGUUAUUUUGGGUUUACCGUGUAAUGUAGAAAAAAUCUGAAGUUUCAGUCUGGGGAUUUGUGUCCAUCUCUCUGGCGAAUGAUCUGGAAAUACAUCCAUUCUUCAAGCAGUGAGAGUUCUCAGAACAAUUAGGGAAGACAUUUGGUAUGAAUUAUGCAUGGAUGGGUGUGGUUUGUUUUUUCACUGGAAUUGUUGCUGUAAUACUCCAGCCUCCAAAGACUUAAAGGUAAGUGCCAAAGCAAGCAGAGAAGUGGUGUGUUCGUUUAUUUCCUUUUACUCUUCCAGGAACUGGAUGCAACUUUACAAAACAAUGUAGGCCGUAUUAUUUAUGGAAUUUCCAUGUUUUUAAGUUCAUCUUUUGAAAAAUUAAUUUCUUCAAAACCACUUCCUGGAGGUGUGCUCAUCUCUUAAGAAGAGUUUAUUGAUUGUAAGGAUGAUUAAAUGUGUAGACCGAAAAAAAAAACGCA